AUGAUUUCACCAUCUCAAGAGACCGAUCCCCUCAUCGAAGGCUCCGAUCAAAUCUUGGCCAUCACCGGCGUCUUUCUAUCUUCCGACAAAAUAAUCACCGAAAACCACCAUGACUGGUACUCAAUUCUUCCUUUCGACCCCGCCGGAACUGACGAUGUGGACCUCAUCAAUAUGCAUCAACGCUGCCUCAUCGUCCUCCUCAUCCAGGUGAACAAAUUCCCCUUCGCCAAUCACGCCUUCAAUCAACAGGGAAAGAUUGGGAAUCUACCUCACAUAUUCCUGAUCGAGGAAUUUUACAAUGCAAUAUAG